AUGAGCAGUGUAUUUGGUGGAUGGUUUGGAGUAUUUAGUGUUGGGUUUGGGAUUUUAUUGUUACAAGCAGAAAACAUUCUCCCGCCAAGUUAUGCAAACUUUCGAGAUCCUCAAUUUUUUCCCACUUCUACAAUCAUUCUUGGCUGCAAUAACUCAGACCCUUCUGGCGGAAUCAUCUUUGGCACAACUGCGACACAACGCAAUACUCACUAUCAUUACCAACGUGUAUGCUUUCAGGCAGCUCGUUCGCAAUAA